UAUGCAGUUUUGAAUAGUAUAUUUCAAUUACUGGCACACCCCAAAACAUGUCUCAAGAAGGUAAAUAUACGUCGGUAGAAAUGGAUGAAAAGAAAUCUGAUGAGGGAAACAAUGAUUUGGAGCAGCCGUUUGAUGAGGAAUUUUGGUUGAAGGUGAGUGUUUGUAAUAGUACACACAAUCAACGUUUAGUCAUUAAGAUAGGUCAUAGUGAUCAUUGGAAUAUUCUCGUUUAGGUUUAGUAUCGUGGAUCUACCUGUAUGUAAUUACUUCCACCUUAUAUUAUAUCGGCGUUCACACUGUUUAUUGAGAUUAUUUUAUUAUAUCUUUAUUGAGAUUGAUUUUUGUUGAAAUUUAAAUUGCGACUGUUAUGUAGCAGCUGAUAUUUAUAGUUUUGACAAUAAACUAGAGUGUUCUGAAUAAAUUAUGUAAGCGUAGACUGCGAGCAGUCCCUCCCUGGAAGGAAAAGAGGGACUGCAGACAAUCACAUCAAGAAACGAUAUAGUUGGUUGGUAUAUAUUGGUAGAUAUAAGUUAAUUAAUAUUAUCUAAUUAUACUAAUCAUAUUAGUUACAUGUGAGUCUUGUAGCAUUUUUAUUCAUAUACUGUCUGAAAGUGUUCAGUAUGUUAUUUGCAGGGCCAUAGCGAAGAGGCUAACCCAGCGGGGUGUAGUAUCGCAUUUGCCGACAACGUGUUAGUCGCUAAUUAAUAUUUCUUUUUCUGAAAUUGUUGGCAAGCGGGGGGGAGGGAGAGGUAAUUUCAUUUUCGGCAAUAUUUUCCUACAGGUGUAGAUCGGUGUAUGUACCACAGAAUAUCACAGUACCACAGAAUACCAGUUUUUUAUUUCUCUUAUAAAAUUUGAAGGAAGCAUGCUAUAUACUUUGUUUUUGUGAAUAUAUAUUAGUUUUAGUCUCAUUAAUGGACGAAAAAUGGAUAUUUUCAUAAAAUUCUUAAAAAUAAUUGGGAUAAACAACAAAUAAAAUUCCUUAUUUUUGGUACUUUUUUCUGUUUAAUGCCCAUAAAAUCAGAAAGUUUGAAAAUAAGUUUGCAAACCAACAUGAUUUACGUUCAUCAACAGUUUUUCUAAGCGAUACAACAUUUUUACUAUUCAGGAAUCUCACUGAGUAAUCAAAUUUUCUAUAAAAGCCCAAUUUUUCAAAAUUAUUGGUGAACCUAAUAUGCUGUGGUACAUACCACCGGUAUUCUGUAGUGAUUUUAGUAUUUACCUUCUGGCUUCCACUAAAUUAAGUUAGCAAUAUCUGUACAGUGUUAUCACACAAUAUGACACACCAAAUCCUCAUAUAAUUUGAUAAACUGUUCCUUACUUAUUGCCGCAUUGGUAUUCUGUGGUACAUUCGGAUUUUAUCCACAAAAUGUCUGAUGUAAAAAUUUAUAGAAUCUGCCAAAUCUAACCCCAAGACCCCAAAGAAGAAAAAAUAAUGCAAAACUAUACUAAAAAAUAUUUAGUAGGCUAUGUUAUAUGCACUAAUUGACAAAAGAUAUCAUGGAACAUGUAAAUUUGUGUGGUGUUCUGUAAAUUUAUCAAAAUGUUUGCUAUAGCUAUUACUUUUUAAUUGCAGCUACUCAAAGAUUCUUGCAAAAACAAUUUGCAGAUAAAUCUGUUGUUUUGCUGACAAGGGGGGUGGUGGGUGUGCAACACCCUUCCUUGAAUUUAUAAUGCCAAAAUAAUUAUAUUGGAGCUAAGGGGCAGUGGAAAAAGUGGGUGUAUUUAAUUUUUUUAUGUGUUGUCUGCAGUCCCUCAUUUCCUUCUAAGGAGGGACUGCUUGCAGUCUAAUGUAAGCAUAGCAUGUGAAUCCAGUUGAAAUUACAUCAAAUGGAUUUAGAAAAAUGUUCACUUGCCAAUGCAUGUUGAAUUGAAUCUUAAAUUGUAUGUAGUUUGACUUUCUGACUUUACUAUGGACAUACAAGGUAUGGGGUGGCUGGGUUGAGGACAGAGCUCUGUCCCCCAAUUUCGAAACAAAUGGUAAGGGGAAGUUUCCUCAUCACAGAUGAUUUGUAAGGCAGCCAUAAAGAUUGUACUGCUGUAUGUUAUAUCUAAGGGGUUAAUUUUUAUCACCCCUCCCCAAAGGACUUGCGUCCCAAUUGACAUCUAACUCCUAUAUUAUGGAGUAUAUAUGGAAUUUGUCCACUCGUCCUGUCUCUUAUAGGGUAUCUUUAUCCUCGACCUCAUACUAGCUUUCACGUCUACUCUCACAGUUCUGUUGGGCUGCCGUUACUACCAGACUUACGCUGUUUCUUCUUCCAACAUAACUGCCUAAUUCUCUUCUUAACUCAAUCACUUUAACUCAUCCCUCCGUCCAGUCCAUCAUUUCUUUCUUCUACCAACCGUUAAAUGACUCAAAUCUAGUUUUGGUUUUUUUAAGAACGCUGGUCGACCAAGCCGACGAUCAGGAUCUCCAUCCCGACUCUGUUUCUCCGUUUUUCUCGACAGCACUCAUGUCAAUCAAAUCCUGUGCUUCGCGUACAUCAUUCUACUUUGAGGCGAAACGCCUCUGUGGCAUGACUCCAGUUUCUAAUUCCCCAGCCUUCAUUUCCCAGCUCCAAUUAGAAAAUACAGACCAUCUAGAUCUAUCACCACUUGAUCUAGCAAAUCUAAUCAAUAACACCUUCCUCGAGCCUAUGAAAAACUUCUCUGCCCUCAGCGAUACGACCACGGAAACCCCUUCACAGUCUGAUCACUUUCCAACCAACGCAUUAACUACACCAGAGUUAAUAAAUCAUAAGCUUAAUGUUCUUAAUCGUUCCAUAGCCUGCGUGCCCAAAAACUACACAUUCUGAGUUCCGCCCACCGCAUCGUCCCGCCCAUCUUACAGUAAUGUAUUUAUUUUAAUUAUUUGUCAAACUCACGUAUUUACACCAGUGCAAAUAUACGGCUUUGACGUUUCAUAUCAUCGGUUCAUUCAAUGCUAUGAAGACAAAAAUACCACGUUCGAUUCAGUGUAACAAUAUGUCCUCAUUCAUAGCGAUAGUUUUAGUCGAUGUCAACAUUAUAGCGAUUUAUGAGCUUUGAAAGUCAAGCGACUAAGCGAGUUCGUGUAUUAUCAAAUUACGCAAUUGUCUGAACAAAAAUAUAGACAGCCAUACCUUUCGCCGAACACAACUUCGGCCCCUUCAGACGUAACUUUGUAAUAGGCUUGUUCCAAUCGCUACCAAAAACACGACUUAGAGUGUCAUUUACGAGCCUGUAUCUUCAAAUGGGCCAUUCCAUUUAAUAUGUGCACCCCCCCUAUUGAGGAGUCCUUAAAAGUUUUACCCCCUUAGGAAAUUGAACAUCAAAGUGCCGACACAUUCCCCCCCUUGGAAAUUGGCCUAUGUUGUUCGAAGAUCAAAGGGACCGACUGAUUUACCCCCUCGGAAAUUACCAAUAUUAACCCCUCCCUCCCCAUAGGAUUUCCAGACCCCUCAAUAGGGGGGUGCACAUAUUAAAUGGAAUGGCCCAAUCUGCACUUUUAUCACGGUAUCACAUCUUCAAGCAACAAAUGUUGGAUUGAUAUUCGUUGUUCAUUCUUCAAGACGAAGCGAUUUCCGAUUCCAGAUAAAGAUUAAAGAAUUCAACGCUUAAUUCUCAAUACAUUCGUUAUCUUUUGGUUAGUGUAUGCCAUCACUCGAUAUAUCGGUACAAUUACGAAAAUAACAAUAGUUUAUAUUAUAAAUACGGCAACAGUAACUUCUAAAAUUAGCACUAAUUAUUCUAAUUCUGUACUCCUGUCAAUCAAAAAUUCAAAAUCAACAUUCUGACCAAUCAGAUAUCGCCUGCUACGCAGGCUACCAAUCAGAAUGCUCCGGCACCCAGCUGCUGGGGAGAACUCAGAAUGUGUAGUUUUUGGGCAGGCGGUAUUUCAAGCUUCCCAUUCUCUCGUGCCCGCGAAUACCGCCUGCUACGCAGGCUAAUCGUUCCAAAGCACCUGACCCAGAUGGGAUUCCAAAUUGGAUCCUGAAAGAAUUUGCAGAAGCUUUAUCAAAUCCUAUCUCCAUCAUUAUCAACUCUUCCUACUUGGAACAAAAAUUGCCAAACGCUUGGAAACAAGCUAAAAUUAUACCCAUCCCGAAAAAUAAACCAAUCCGUGAUAUAAACAAGAAUCUUCGACCUAUUUCAUUAACUCUAGCAUUAUCAAAGUUAGCCGAAGACAUAGUUGUUGAAAAAUACGUCUCUCAUGCAGUUUUGGAGAUGGUCAAUCAGGAUCAAUUUGGGGGUAUUCCAGAAUCAUCAGCAUCUUUCGCCCUCAUCAGUAUUAUUCAUACAUGUGCUCAAGCGACCGACCGAACUGGUGCUUCCGUUCGUCUCCUCUUGUUUGAUUACCGCAAAGCCUUUGACUUGAUUGAUCACAACAUCCUGGUUCACAAAAUCCGGAAGCUCUCAAUUCCUCUACCUAUUAUUAAUUGGAUUGUCGACUUUCUUACAUCUAGGGAACAACGAGUUAAACUCGCCAGGGAUUGUUUCUCCGAAUGGGGAAAAGUUCCUCCCGGAGUUCCCCAAGGGACAAAACUAGGCCCAUGGCUCUUUAUACUCAUGAUAAACGAUCUGAAUUUAACUGAUUUCCAAAUGUGGAAAUAUAUUGACGAUACUACUGCUGCUGAAGUAAUAUCAAAAGACAGUCACAGUACUAUUCAAACAGGAGUAAACCAGUUGGAAGACUGGACUGUGCAGAAUAAACUCCAACUUCAAAUUCCAAAAUGUAAAGAACUACUGUUUCAGUAAACGACAGUUAGAAACCCUUUUCCCAAUGUUGUCCUAAGUUCUGGAAUUCUCGAACUAGUUGAUCAUGCUAAAGUUUUGGGACUGACAAUCAGUAACGACUUGAAAUGGUCCAAACACGUUGCCAAAAUGAUCAAGAAGGUCAACAAACGAAAAUACUUCAUUAUACAGCUUAAACGCGCAAAAGUGCCCGCCAAAGAUAUAAUUAACUUUUACUGCACAUGUGUAAGGCCUGUACUCGAGUACAGCUGCGAAGUUUUCCAUGUUGCCCUGCCUACCUAUCUUAGUGACGCCAUUGAGCAAGUCCAAAGAAGAGUCACCUCAAUAAUUUUCCCAGGGUUGCCGUAUCCCGAGCGUUUGCAAAAAUGCAACCUUAUUCCCUUCAGUGAUCGGCGAUACAAGGCCUGCUCAAAACUAUUCAAUCAACUCAUCAACAAUCCACAUCAGUUUUUAAGGCUUAUUUUAAUGGCGGCGGAUGGUUUAAUUAUGGCCUCAACUAAACUUGAAAAUUUUAGUCCUGAAACUAUUGAUAUGAACUCCAUAAAGUUGUUAAACAAUCAAGGUCAUCUAGUUUAUGAUGGGACCCGUCUCAAAUGGACAAACGACCUCUGUUCGUUAAGGACUUUUGCCGAAAAUGUUGUCGGAUUAACGGGUAAAUGGACGUCGCCUGGCGGUAAAGCCAAACAGUUUAUAAACUUAAGCUCUGAUUUUAUUAUGACUUGGUACCCGGGCAAACAAAACUCGUUGACUUUCAAUGGAAAGAAAGGCAAAUCUUUCAAGGAAUUUCUAGUGAGCGUAUUAGACACAAAUUGCGUUAUUAAGCAAACAAACACGACCUCGGAUAGUUUAAUCCAAACAACUACAAAAAUGUCGGUCGAAGGCGAACAUAUCGUUGGUAAUGGCCGUGUGUUUGAGGACAUGGCCCCUUUAACUCACAAUUGUUCGUACAAUACUCAAGCCAAAGAUAUGGGGUUUGAAUCGAUUGCUGACACUUCGUCACUCGAAGAACUUGAGGACUUCAUUGAUAGCGCAUAUUAUAUUGCGAAUGCCGCAGCCACGCCGAAUUUUGCUCAGACAGCCAGCUUUUCUACACCAUUUCAACAACGAGCUGAUGAUAUCCCGACUAUAGCCGAGGCACAACUCCUUACAUUUAAAGAAAAAAUAGAAUCGCAAAUAGAAAAAUUGUUGACUAAAGUGUCUGAACAAAAUCAUAUUAUUGACACAAAUAAACAAGAGCUGUGCCGAUUAGGAAACGAGAAUUUGAAUUUAAAGUCACGCAUUACCGACCUAGAGGAGAAAAUGAUGAUUAAAGACUCGGCUUCCAUAACCUUUUCAAGUCCCUCAAAGCCAUCUUUACAAGAUAAGAAGUCCUUUAACAGUCCUGACAAUGUAAAUCCCCAACACGAUGGAUCAACUAAAAUAAAUCACCCAUCUGGUGCAUUAUCAACCCCAGUUAAUAUGUAGAUAACCUGCCCGCUGAGGAAAGUUUCCCUACAGUUAUCAUUGAAAUAAAGAACAAUGCCCUAUUAUCCACACAACAAUCUAAGACUACAAUCAACUCCUUCAAAAAAGAUUACUCAUUAAGCCUGAACCGCGAGCCUUUUCAGGCUAAGAAUGUUUUAAACUAUUUGCUCUUAUGCGAAGAUCUAAGUAUAAUCGAAGAUGUUUCUGCAAACCUCACUUUUGACGAAAAUGAAUUAGAUCAGCGUGAGCAGGAUUUAUUCGAUGGGUGUCAACAUUUCAAGCAACGUGGGAAGCAAGGCAUAUGUAGGAAUUGCGACCGAUCCUAUGCAAAAACCGUGUUAAGCCUUGAUGCCCUUAACCCUGACCAGGUGAAUCCCCGAUUGGAUAGGUCAAUCAGCGAGUCAAAUCUAAAGCAUUCUUCGUCCCCUCAUCUUCCAGCCCCGAGACCCUCAAGUCUUAGACACGGUCAAGUUACAAACCCCUUAGGGUUUGUAAAAACUUUCAAAAACGAACUGAAGCGAAGCAUGCUAGAACAAAUAUAUAAGUAGAUAAUUUUACCUUGUUAAACUUUAUACAAAUGUCUUACCUUUUUACCUUAAUUUAAAUUCUAGAUUCUAAAACUUGUAAAUAGAACAACAUUUAUUUUUUGUAAAUCAGUGUUGAAAAUCCCUAUUUAGGGAACACAAUAAAGUAUGUAUGUAUGUAUGUAUCAUAAAUUAUCAUCCCUUCUGCCAGAACGUUACUCUGCGAACUACGAUUUCAGAAAAAACUCGAGAGUUUCAUCUUCCAAAGAUAAAAACAGAUAGAUUUUUAAAAACUUUUAUACCGGCGUGCAUCAAACAAUUUUCUUAGAUACUCAAUUUUAUAUAACCUUUCAACAUAAAUUUUUAUAAAUCUAUUUAUAAAUACUUAUAGUAUAUAUUUUAUUAACUUUAUAUGAAUUAAAAUGUUUCCUGUAAAUUAUAGCUCUAUAGAACUUAACCUUUGUUGUAAAAUAACACGCAAUUCAGUCAUUGUAGACUGCAAUGUGUUUCUUUUUAAUAAACCUAUCUAUCUAACCUAUCUAUCAAGAUUUGUCGGACCAGUUUCUUCGUCAUGUCAGUCUUCUCGUCUUUCACCGCAACUCGUCAAAUGAAUUAAUUAACAUUGUAAGACAGACUCGUAUAAGCGAUUCUGAAACAGACAUGAUCAUCCCACCGCUGAGCACCAAAUGUAGCGUACCGAGCUACUGUUUAGUCGUCUAAAGUUUAAGAUCAACAUACUCACAACAGAGUCCAAGUGAAGAACAAUAUAUUUGGUAAAAGUAGGUUAAUUUAUGUUAUAAGUUUGCGUGACGUUAACUUAUCUUACAAUUACUUAUUAGGGAGCUUUAGCAGCGACUACGAGUACGAGGAAAUCACCGCAGUCGUCUUCGUUUCUAUUCAAAUGUUGCUUUUAUAGCAGUAAACCAACAACGAGAGAAAAAGUUUCAUAACCUCAAUCUCCUGCAGGCUAAAAUCCCCUAUACAAAACGUGUAAAUAAGUCAUAACAUUAAGCCAGAUAUAAUAUAUUAUUUACGCCGGAUAAACGCUAUAUAUAAACGCUACAAAUUAUUUUUGGAAAACAAAAAAAAGCCAACUUUCUUUGUUUUUUUUUGAAAAGUCGUCGUGAGGACUACGAGAUUUCUCCACAAUUUCGUACUCAGAUGGGCGACGGCUACGACUUUUUCGCGUCAGUAUGGGAUGGCGUAAGCAUACAGCAUGCGUUUCGCUUGACGAAUUUCGAAUCUCGUACUCUAAAGUUCCCUAAUACGUAAUACUACAUGCGCACACGCCCUACAUGAAACUACACCCAUGCGCGCAACCGCAAAUAUUCAACCUACGUCAGUGAACUCUAUUGUAACUGGAACAAUAACUCGGGCUCGAUUUUUGAAGUCAAGAUGGCGGAAACUGAAGCCCGUCUUAUAGGUAUGAUCCAGGCCCCUGCGCGGAAAUAUCACCGAAUUCAGUACGAAAAAUAAAAAAAAUUGGCAUUAUUUCAUAUAGAAAUUUCAUAAUUUUCAGCCGACUAUUUUUUUAGUCCGACUUUACCGUGGCCCUAAGAAACUAGAACAAGUGGUCUUUCAGAAUAAACAAAUUUUAGAAACAGUUCAUCAUAAAAAGCAAAAUUAUUUCACGUGAAAAGCAAGUUCAGAAAAAAAAACUCGUGGAAAAACUCGAGCAAACUUUUGUUUUUUUCUGGAUUAUUUAUAUGAGGUUUCAACAAAACACAUAAUAAUAUGGACUGCAGUUGUAUCCAUCUUACCUUUUCAUUUAGUUUUCAGCUUUUAGGUAGGGUAUUUACCGUUAAAUGAGCAUUUUUGUGCAAAAAAUUGAAAAACAUCGGUCGGAAAACUUUAGUCAUUUUUCAGUUGCCGCGAAGCCCACGUGAAUAACACGCGUGUUUUAUACCUACACACGUAAAAUGUCACAUUUUGUAACAAGUCUGCCAACAAGCCGUCAACAAGAUGUAUUCGCACUGCUUGUCACAAGUUGUCAACAUGUUUGGCAAAAUUUACAAAGAUCACGAGUACUAUUAAUCCCUAAUUGUACGAGCAACACAUAGAAAUAAUAGACUAUUAUUUCUAUGUCUAUUAUUUCUAUGGAGCAACAUCGCAUGAUUACUUGUUUAUUAUUAGCAUGACAAAAUUGGAUACGUACUUCUCAAUGUCAACAUCAUAUUCUCUCGCCAAAGCCCAGUCCUGACAAACUUGUUAGCACAGUCUUGUAACAAGGCUGAUAAUGCCAUCAAGCUUGUUACAAGUUGUUAACAGCUUGUUUCAAACUUGUUACAACAAACUGGGAACAAGCAGUGCGAACACAACUUGUUGACAGCUUGUGAACAGACUUGUAACAAUUUGUUUGCAGACUUGUUACAACUUGUGCGUUUUUACGUGUGUACAAGAGAGCACUCUAUAGGCCGCCAACUAGGUUUCACCUGUCGGUUCGCCACUUUUAGCUAAAUAUAUACUGUUAUACCUGUUACACCAUUUCAGGCCUGCGUUAUAUGCUUUUGAGGUACAGCUAAGUUAGGGGUAAAUGUCAGUCCUUGUGGUAAACAUGGCUUAAGGUAAAUAAAUAAAUUUAUGUCGCUUGCAUUCUUCAGGUUCAAAAGAAAUUCGACUCUGAAGGGAUAUCAUGGAGUCGAGCAAUGGAUGAAGUUCGAACAGAGAGAUUGUUUGAGAAGCACGGUAAAAAUUGUUUGCUUGUCAUAAUACGAGAUUGGCCAAUCAGCGAUGAUUACCGAGAUCAACCUGAUUUAGUUGCAAGCUUGGAAUAUAUGGUAAAUAUUUUAACUAUAACUUUAAUUGUUCAAAAAAAUUGUCGAAUUGUUCAGACAGUUUUAGCGCAAUUGCCUGUCACCUCUAAUGUCGCAGGUUCAAGCCUCAGUGAGAACUUUCUCAAUAUGACUCGAACCCAGUCCUCAUGUGAGAAGAGUAAAAGUCAACGCUCUGCCGAAAGCCGUGGGUUUUCCCCGGGUACUCCGGUUUCCUCCCACAGGGAAAGUUGACAGGGUGGGUUGGGUAAAAAAGCCCCACAGUAAUUGGCAUAUGCUGUCGUGGUGACCCUGCCCUAGUUGGCAAAGCUAAAUAAAUAAAUAAAUAAACUGGGGUAGACAUUUUGAAACUAAAAAAAUGAUAUCAGUGGAAAACGUAUUCACAGCUUGUGUUUUAAUUUAAAACAGACAAUAGUGAAAAAUAAGAUUUAGCAUUAAAAUGAUCUGAGAAUUGCUCAAGAUACAAAUCCCAGCGGACAAAAUGACGUUUAUUCAACGUUGAAUCAACGUUGGAAAUGACCAUCCAGACGUUGGAUAGACGUUGAAAAAGCAUUGAUAAUGCAAAUUGGAUCGACGUUACUGUUUCGACGUUGAAACAACGUUGAAAUUAGGUUGCCAAUCUCGUCAACCAUAAUUCAACGUUGAAUCAACGUUGAAACAACGUUGAGAUUACUUCACAAAUCGACGUCGUACAUUUAACCAUGAAUGAACGUUGAUUCAACGUCUGUUGGCUGCUGUUGAACCAAUGUUUUUAAAACAACGUCAGAGCAACGUAGAUAUUAGGUUGUCGACGUCGCAACCUUUUUUCUACCAAAUUUCAACGUUGAAACAACGUCGUGUGCCCGGUGGGAUACAUCAAGAUAAAUAUCCGAUGAUGGAAAUGCAUAUCCAAAAUUAAGAUGUCGGAAUGAUUUUGUUUGAGAUAUCUUUUAUACCAAGAACAACAAAGAAAAUCUGCAAUACGGUUUUGAAAUAUAUUGAAUCUUUUUUCAAAUGGGAGAAACUUUACUUUGUAUUGCUAUUUCCCUUUAAUUAAUACCUUUUUGGUAAAUAAAUAGAGGAUAUUAAACGGCGGCGCGAAGAUGACUUUUGUCUUCAAGUGGUGAAAACAAUAUUUUACGAACGAGCGCAGCGAGUGAGUAAAAUAUUGUUUUUAAUGUUCCGUUUAUUAUAAUUGGCUUCAAGCCACCGUGUAAUGUUCUGUUUAUUAUAUAGUCCCAAGCACAAAAUUGUGAAAUUUCACGCUCAAAAGCAAAUUGGAAAAAGUCACGCGAUCGAUAUCUUCACUAGUGCAGAUAUGGAUUACUAUAUAAUAAAGCCCUGUAUUGAAAAAACUGUUGCAGUGUAUUCAUGGCAUAUAUUUGCCGUGUUUUGUAUUGAAACCAUUUUGUUAUUGAAGUCAGUGUACUAAAGUUUAUAAAGAUUAAAGUGCCUAUAUCACUUGUGGGACCUUUAUGGAUUUGAAAAGAGCGUUAGUUAAUAGUGCAAUAAUUUCGAAGAUACAGGCCUUUAAAUAACUGUUAUCGUAAUUGAUCACGUCUAUGCUACGGACCAGCGGUAUCUACAUUAUUUUAACAUCGAGACGAGGCUAUAGGGUCAUGUUUUGUGUUUUUUGACCCUUUAGCCUCGUUUUCGUGCGUACUUCCACUGAGAUACCGCUGGUAUGCCGCAGCGGCGUAUUCAAUUACGAUAACAGCUAUUACCUACAGUUCCUGAGUCUCAGGCUCCUAUGUACAAUGGACAGUUUGGAAAAAGGCCAGAUUCAAUAGCCGUAUUUAGAGCCCAGGAGUCUGGGACUCAGGAACAGUCCGUUGUUUAAAGGCCUAUAUCCUCAAAACUAUUGCACUAAAUCAAAAAAAUCUUUUGAACUUAUUAACUAACUUUUUACGCUCUUUUCAAAUCCAUAAAGGUCCAACAAGUGAUAUAGGCACUUUAAGAGUCAUUUACUUCAUUUAUUCUGUGUACUCUAAUUUGCGUAUUUUGAUAUCCAAACGUGCCACAUAUUAACGCAUAUAUUGCGGGGAUCCAACCCAUACAGGUCUUUGUGCAUGGUGUAACCAACAUCCUACUUUUUCUUUUUUUUAGAUCAGCCGCUUUACAGAAAUUAUUCUUGAAAAAGUCGACACAGAUACAGACUACGAGGAUUUUCGUGACGAGGAAGACGAGACUGAGCCUACUUUGCUUCACCUUGCUGCUGCCCAGAACUUCAGCCACGUCGCUGCACACCUUGUGAGACAUUACCCAUCCCUUGUCUACCAGGACACUGAAGUCGUGGGCGAGCAGAGGGCGUACCUUCCUGUGGAGAUGGCGCUUAUGGCUUACAAAGACGAAACAGCUGCCUUUCUUAUUUCACAAAUGAAGCCAGACUGGUAAGAUCAUUGAUAAUAUAAAAACGAGUGCUUCCAGUUUAAUACCACAAGUUUUAUCAGGUUAUCCCAAACAUAGAGGUGUGAAUAGCCGAGAUUUAUAAUGAUAUAUCAAAUCAAAAUUUCAGUUUUAACGUUAGGAAAUUAAUUUAACGUGUGUAGAUUUGUAUGGCGAUAAAUUUAUGCUGGAUGUUUAAGUACUGUUAACGCGAGACGCAGCCGAGCGUUUUAGAUAUGAUAAAACGGGAGUUCGAGUGUUUUGAAUAGCUUAAAAUACGACUACAAAAGAAUGCUAAUUAGGAUGAACAAUUAUAUAAUGAUCAUACUAAUUAGGAUGAAGAAUUAUAUAAAGAAUACUAAUGAAGAUGAGUUUUAUCAAAUAUAAAGUCACUCCACGUGACAUAUUAUGGCUCACUUGAUUUGCCACAAGGUUUAUGAAUUUUUUAAUGAGUAUUUUAAUGUUUAAUAAAUUAUUGACACAUUGAAUAGCUUCCUAAUUAGCUAAAUUGAGAUGCUUAUUACAAAGAAUAAAAUAUGAGAAUAAUUUAUACCAUACAAUAGUAUGUUUUACAAUUAUGAUACUAUAAGAAUUAAAAAAUAACCAUCAAGUCACGUAUCAAGAAAUGUAUCUACAAUUGCAAUCCUACUCUAAAACUCUAUAAGGGGCGGACCAUUAGAAAUCCCGGGAGGGGGGGGGGGUGAAAAUUAAAAAAAAAAAUUCGUGCAAAGAAAAAUGCCUGGAAAAAAUUCGCGCAGCCAUUACGUCAGAGAAAAAAAAUCGUGCAAGCAAAGUGCAAAUAGUCUUGAAAAAAAUUCUUGCAGAGGUUAAAUGCAUAAAAAAAUCCUGCAGAGACAUGAGACUGGAAAAAAAAAUCGUGCCCCAAAACUUUUAUACCCCUCCCUGACUCUUUAACAACCGCUGAAGGCCCGUUUACACUUGCAAUCUUUGUUGCGAUUUCUAGUGCGAUUUUCUUCUUCUGAUGGAUGUGAACGAGUGAAUGAGCUAUUAACGUUCGGAGCAUGCAUGCAUGUGUACCCUCAUCUGAACAUUCUUAACUCAUUCACUCGUUCACAUUCAUCAGAAGGGGAAAAUCGCACUAUAGAAAUCACAGCAAAAGUGUAAAUGGGCCUUUAGUGAUUUAUUACAUAAACCAAUAGGCAAUUCCAGCUUUUAAUUUAUGCCUGCAGGGGAUGAUGGGAAGUAUAAGGUAUCAUAUUGCUGAUUAUGCUGAAAAAUUUCAAUAAAAACUACCGAAACAACCGAAUUAUUUCAAUAUUUACAAGUAUAAGCUAUCACUCCGUGUUUACACGGCCACCAUUUUUAUUUUUUCGGCAUAUAAUCAGCAAUGUGAUACCUUACUUCCCAUCGUCCCUGCACGCAUAAACUAAAAGCUGGAAUUGCCUAUUGAGAAAACUAUAGGGCUGUUUCUAAAACGCUCGGGUUUGUACCUGUAAUUAUGAUAUGAUAGACAACUUGCAUGUUAGACUAAUUUUUUAUUUAGGCAAAAAAAAAGUAAAUUCUCGUAAAGAACUUAUUAAAAUCAGUAAAACUGCAAAAUUUGGUUACGAAAUUUUAUAAAAUACAGAAAAUAUAGCCUUGCGAAGUUUGCAUAUUUUCAGUAUGUUUGUAUUACGUGCGGAAAUUGUUACCAUUUUUCAGCCGAAAAUGGUAACAAUUUCCGCACGUAAUACAAAUAUACUGAAAAUAUGCAAACUUUGCCAGGCUAUAUUUUCUGUAUUUUGCAACAUUUCGCAACCAAAUUUUGCAAUUUUACUAAUUUCAUUAUGUUCUUUUUAACUGUUGUGUUUGAUUCCCUUCUCUUUCCUUAGAAAAAAUUUAGUCUAACAUGCGAGUUGUCCAUUGACCAUUCAUUGUUUUCUCUUUAUCUUAUCUGGUCAAAGUUUUUCCGGAAGUGGAUGAUGGAGUUUGUGAUCAGGUUGAGUCGUUGACACAUUUUCAGAAUUAUUUUAAUGAAUAUGUCACUGCUUUUAGCGAUUGCAAAUCCGCCGUCCGCAACGCUGUCUCAUAGUAUUUUUAAAACAUUAUCCGCACUCCAUAUUUCUGGUACUCCUAUUGGAAGUUCAUCUAAUAAAAUCAUAAAAGUUACAGAUAUUGCCACUUCACAAAAAAUGAAAUUGAAUCUGAAAAAAUGUAAAAAAACGCACUAUAUCUCUGUAAUUAGGCCGGUAUUAGAUAUGGGGCACAAGUGUGGCAGUGUGCAGAAAGGCACGAACGUUAAUUACCUCAGAUAGAGUAUAUAGAUAUUGUUUCAGUUUUGCUUGCUGUAAAACAUCAAUGUUUACUGUAUUUCCUGGCAAAACGUUCGAUCUCUUCCCUGCUCAGACAAGUAGAUAAUAAUAUACCACGUUAAUAUGUAUAGAGUUCCAAGAUUGUUAAAGCCAUAAUGAGAUCAAGAGAUUUAAAUAUUUUAGACAUAUUUUGAGGCACAUGAGUUAUCGAAAUUGAAUUCAGUGAUUUCUUCAUGUAACUGAAUAAUCAAUAAUAAUAAAAUGAGUGAAGACCUGCUGUAUAUAUAUGAAGGAGUCGAUAACGAUCCCAAGGAUCGCUGCAUGAGACAGACGGAAAACAUAUCAGAAACGAUACAAGUUAAUUCUUUCAGACUCGCAAACUUUUAGAAACAGAAGAUACAAAGUAAAAUUUAUCUUUUGAUAAUUCUAUAGUCUAUAUAUUAAAACAUUUGUUAGUUGGAUUUGCAGGUUAAAAGGUCCAGAGUACAUGCAUCUACUAGGUUUUUGUCCAUCAUUGUAUAUAAGAAUGAAAGUCUGGACGUAUCCAGCUUCGAACAUUGGUGUUUCUACAGAUAUUGAAGUGAGAUAUAAACAAAUAAUUCGAGUCAUUAUAGAUAGUAGUUAGUUUUGUUGGAGAAAAUGCACGAAGUUGUAAAAUACUGAGCUGAAUCAACCAGCUAUCAUGGUAAUUUGUCGCCCAUCAUGUCUUGAUUUUGCAUUUUUGCAGGAACAUUUUGGCUUAAUUUUUGCAGUCCCAGCCAUAAAAACUAUCGGCUCUGGCUGUAGGUAUAUAAUUACAUGUUUUACCGUGCCAGUCAUGUCGUGAACAUAAACCUAAUUCUUCUUAUAGGGUGCAUGAACUCUUCUUGUACAAUGCUAAUUUAGAACGUGCAAAGUUCAGUUUUGGUCAGUUAAUCAAUCACAGGAACCCUUUAACAAACGAACCUGAUAUGAAGGUAAGUACUGUGAAUAUCAUUUAUGUUGUUAUACAUUCAAAAUUAUUCUCUUUCGUGAUUAAUAGAUAAUCCCCCGCUAAAUUUUCAACAUCAAUAGCCACCAAGUUAUUUCAGCUGCCACGUUAUUUCUUUUCUUUGAAAGAAGUUGGGGCCUAAGCCUCUAGCACAAUGCCUUGUAGUCGAUUUAAAGACUAAAUUGUUUGGUGCGCGAUUCAGGAAGUGUAAUGCUGCGAGAUUUUUUAAAAUUGUACUUAUUAUUCAAUGGUAUGGACAGCAACUCGAAAAUUUUCUUAAACUACUCUUGUUGGGUCCUGAAGGGGAAAAGGUUUUUUUACUGAGUUUGUACAUUACAUUAGCUGCUACUUCGUUAAUUUUCUUCGUGGUAUUUUGGCCAAUACUUACGAAGAGUUGAUUAAUUAAACUCAUCAGCGACAGUUUUGUUGUCUUUACUGCACAAUUUCCAAGUUGUGGAUUCAUGGGUAUACAUGAAGGUAUUGAUUUCCAAAUGCAAUUUGUAUUAGGUCUGUUCUCUCACAUAUUCUUUCCCGAAAAAUCGUAACUGUCGCUUUAUUUCUCGUCUGUAAUUCUUGAAAGCUGACCAAGUGAAUGCAUUGGUCUUUCGUCUUUCUUGCUAUCUUGCCAUUCAUCCCACAUUUGCAUAAGCUGAGGGCACUCUUCUCUUUUUUUUUUAACCGGAGAACAGCAUAAACUAACUGGUGAUCACUUAUUGAGCUAUGUACUACAUUGGUUUCAGAACUUUUCGGGUUUUGAUGCUAAAAUUACGUCAGUCAAUGACUCCGUAUUCUGAGUUAUGCGGGUUGGAGAUUUAAUCAUCUGGGGCAAGUUGAAACAACGGCUGAAGUUAACCAACAUAGAAGAAUCCGCACCGUCCGGUCUUAACAUGUUACAAAUUGCAUCACCAAGAAUGAAAAUAGGUUUACCCAACAGAGAAGUAGUACUGACAUAACCAUGUUUUGUGAUUCGAAUAUAAAUUAAUUGUAAAUGUAUAUCCUUAUAAAUUGUAUUAUUUUCAUACGAUGGAGAAUAAACGAUAGGUUUUCUUCUGCAUUCAUUUGGUUCAACGAGUUUGUUUGGCGUCGUGUCCUCAUCCCACAUGCUUAAGGUCGCUAAUAUUUCGGUUAGAGAGGGCGGUACGCAAAUUAGCCAUUUCCCAAUCGAGCAGAGGACUGGGUCUAGUCUUUGUUUGGAGGGACAAAAAAUAAACAAUAUGCCGAAUAUGGAAUUUAGGAAAUUUACCUACAUUCCUAAAGUUAUUUGUGCAGCCUGAAACGCAACAAUUAUGAUAUAAGACACUUUUAAUAUACAUUUAACUCGCUCACUAUAACUUGUUGUCCCUCCAAACGUUCCUCCAAACAUCAACUAGACCCAGUCCUCCGCUAGAUUAGGAAAUGGCUGAUUGCAUCUGUCUUCCGUGUUCCCGUGAGAGUCUUUACUAGCACCUUGCGUCUUACUAACCGAUCUCUUUGUGUUAAAUGUUAGAAAACGGUGGUAGCUGUUUUAGAUUGCUUGAUUAAUCCGCACUGGCCAUACCUGUCUCAAGCCAAAAAGGAGGCGAGCAAAGAUAGCGACCACAUUGAGCGUGCGUGGACAAGUGUCCCGGAUGAUCCUUUAAACUACGACUUCUAUUAUCACGUGUUAGACGGCGAUAACGAAGGUAGGCAACCCAAGAUUAAUGGUGAAAAGAACAAGGAAUUUGAUGCAAAAUCCAAGUCAUGUCUUCGUCAUUUGACGGAAAGUAGCAAUAAGGUAUGA